GGCUGCGGCGGCUGCGGCUGCGGCGGCUGCGGCGGCUGCGGCGGCUGCGGCGGCUGCGGCGGCUGCGGCUACGGCGGCUGCGGCGGCUGCGGCGGCUGUGGCGGCGGCUGCGCCAUGCAGGGGCAGAUGGGAGGGAUGCCCGGCGGGUGCGGGAUGCACAUGGGCAUGCCUGGCAUGAUGGGCAUGAUGCCCAUGGCCUCCAUGGGCAUGCCGAUGAUGGGCCAGUCCAUGAUGGGCAUGCCAGCCAUGGGCAUGCCGAUGGCGAUGCCGAUGGCAGUCGGCAUGGCACCGAUGGGGCAGAUGGGGCAGAUGGCGCCGCAGAUGGGGCAGCAGCCCGCCAUGCAGGCGGGCGGCGCGACGUCUUCCAGCGUUGGCCCCCUAUCCUCUCCGCAGCCAGCCGUGCGGGCCAUGGUGGGCGACUCCGCCAGCGACCUGCUGGGCAACCCGCUGCUCGCCACCGUGAAGCAGGCCGCGGGCGCCAGCGCUGGCGUCUCGGCCGCUCAGCAGCCGCCGCCCCCAGAGGUGCCCCUGAGCAAGGAGGCGAAGCGGGAGCAGCUGGUGGAGCAGCUGAAGCAGGCCGGUGAGGAGCUUUCUCGGAAGACGAAGGCGCAUCACGAGGAGGCCAGCGCCGCCGAGGGUUCCCAGCCGAAGAAGGCCGGGAGGAUGGAGCCCGAGGAGAAGCCAGCCGCGGAGACGGAGGCCCCCAAGUGCCACCUCCACAGCGCGAAGAAGCCCAACGCAAAGUGCAAGUUCUGCCAGCGGAGCAUGAAGUCGUCGAAGGAGGCCUCCGUAGCCGAGAAGGUCACUGGCGAGAGGAAGCCACAGGAGUUGGCGCCGGAGCUGAGUGGCAGAAACGAUGACGUGGAGGACUACUCCAGGCGAACCUUUAACUGCAGUCCAAUGCUGAAGGAACAGAUCUUGCAGUCGAGCUACUUCAAAAGCCUGCUGGACAUAACGAGCCUCGAUGAUCUGAUAGAGGAGAUCAAGACCUACGCGGACACCCUGGAUGUGUAUAGUGGGGGAUCGGCCACGCAGCCCUCCUGCUUCAUUUGCCAUGUGUACCGUUUGUUCACGAUGCCCGAUGCUGAGGACCUUGGUGAGCUCUAUACAGUUAUUGACCACCACGACAGUGCCAUUGUAAGGUGUGUCGGCUUCCUCUAUAUGCGGAUGGUCAUCGCACCCUCGCUCUUGUGGGAUAAGUUCGAAGAGUAUCUCUUCGACAACAUGGAGUUCCAGUACGCGGACGGGAUCAAGACCGUCACCACGACGAUCGGAGAGUACGUUGAGUCUUUGCUUAUCAAGGACAAGUACUUCAAUUCCCCGCUGCCGCGCAUCCCAGUGAAGGUCCGGCAGACGCUGGACAAGGAGCUCGCGCCCCUCCCCCAGUACAGGAAGCGUAUGGAGGCCAACCGCAUCACUUUUAGAGAGAUCAAGAUACAGGACACGCCGGUGGAGGCCGUCGUUGAUGGCCGGUGGGUCUCCGGGCAGGCCAAGGAGUUCGUGGGGCGCCGCGUCGCGCGGAAGUUGCGCGUGCAGCUGGACGAGGGCGGCGAAGCCACCGUUCACCUGGGCAAGGUUGUGCUGAGAAAAGAGCGGAGCAAGAGCCGCAGCCGCAGCGGCAGCAGGGAACGUAAGAGGAGUCGCAGCAGUCGCCGCGAGCCGGACUGGUCCAGGUACAAGGGCAAGUCCGACAAGCAGAUGGUGGACGAGAUGCGCGAGAAGGCCAAGGAGGAGGCGGUGUGCGGCAUGGGCAAGGCCUAUGCGAAGCGGCCUCUGGCCGCCGACUUCUACAUGGCGAUGACGGCUGGCGGGUCCACGCACGAGUCGCGGCUGAUCGAGGAGGACCGGGGGGCCCACAUCCGGCGACCCAGGCCAGAGCACAAGACGCACGAGGAGCAGGAGCUGGACAGGCGCCUGGCCACGCAGAAGGAGGACGAGCGGCAGAAGAACAUGCGCAGCAUCUACGAGAAGUACGGCUCCGCGGGCAAGACCUCGGCCCAGAAGGCGUCGACUCCCUCCGCCUCCUGGAACGACGUCGACAGGCCGGACACGCUCCGGCUCGGCUGAGGGCGCCGCGCCCGGGCGGAGCACCCCUUCCGGGCAGCUUCUCCCCGCGCGCGCGGCCUGGCGCGCCCGCGCGCGGCCACAGCGCGCCUGGCGUGAGCUGCUCCGAGCGAAG